AUGGCUAAAGCUAGAAGUAAUAAAAAUGUAAAUCCAUUAAUCACUCCCUAAACAAUCAACCAAGUAGAUAUUAAUGUAUCACAGCUAUAAUCAUCAGUCUUUAUGCUAGUUGCUCCUCUCAUAGUUAAACCAAACGAGAUCUACAAGCCACAAAAUAUUGCUGAUAAAGCUAAAAUCAAGCCAUUCCAUAACAUAACUUUACGAAAGUUUAAAUCUUGA